GAGAUAUCCAUCUUUAAAGAUGGUUUACAUGCUUGCAUACAUACAUACGUACAUUCCAAAUGGCAAAAUCAAAUUCAAUCAGCUUGUUAGACGCCUGUUCCCCAAAUCCCGAGAAAAAGAACAAAAAGUAGCAGAAAGAGAAGAAGAAGAAGAAGAAUAGGAGGGAAAAAAAAGUAAAAAGGGGGAUAAAAGAAUAGAACAAAAAAAGAGACAGCACCCAAUAUGGGCAGAAAAAGACCAUCUCCAAAUCCCAAUAUACGUCCUCCAAAGCCAGCCACCAAUCUCAGGUCAAAAUCUUUUCAAGUAGACACAGAUCCUAAACGCCUCGCCCCUCCAGUGGUCGCUCCUCAUCUGGAGGCUAGACUCGAUAUGCAAAUUCAUUAUAUCGCGCGUGAAAUUAUAUCAAGCUUCGACAACCCUCCCCGUGAGGAACCCAGCAUUAUUACUUCAUCCGUUAAGUUCGUUUCAAAUCGCAUGGUCAGGUAGAUGCAAACACUUUGGCACGUCCCGAUUGUGACAUCAUAUAGCCGGCCAUCGGAUCCGCAGACCAUCAGCCCAUCGGUUAUAGAGCACGUCGGACAACUGCUUGCAGUGCUCCAUGCCUGAUUGAGUUUCCCGCCC